AGACCUUGUCCUCUCUCACUUCUUGGUCCUCCUUCAGAUCCCAUCUCAACUCUAUCUCCCCUACUCUGCUUUGCAUUAUUUCUCAUUUGCAAUGAAGACAUUCACUAUCUCCGCUGCAAUCGCUGCAGUUGCCCUGUCAGUCCUUGAUAUUGCCCAGGCAGACCUCUCCAAGAUUGUCCGCGUGAAUCCAUCCACUCAACAAUUCAUCGAUGUCCAGGGUCGCUCCCGAUUCUUCCACGGCACAAACAUGGUCAAGAAGAGCUUCCCUUGGCACAUGGAGAUUAACAGCUUUGUUCCUGGACGCUCAAUUGUCGACAAAGAUAUCGAGCUGCUGAAGGCACUUAACAUCAACAUCAUUCGUCUCGGUGUCCACUGGGCUGGUGUGGAGCCAGUACGUGGCCAGUACAAUCAAACGUACUUGGACAUCACUCGUGGGAUCAUUCAGAAGCUGCAGGAUAACGGUAUUUACACCCUCGUCGACCAGCAUCAGGAUGUUUGGGCCGCACAGCUCUGCGGUCAUGGAGCACCUCUGUGGUUUGUCAAGUCCGAUUGGGUCUCUCCAGGCAACCGCAUGCCGUCUCCUCAGAAGGCGCCUUUUGCGGUCGAUGCCAACGGAGUUCCUUCGGAUGCAGACUGCAACUCUAUCGAUUGGUCGGUCUCGUACUUGGAUUACGCGGUCGGUAAUGCGUUCGGUCGACUCUAUAACAACUAUGACAACCUUGGAGAUGCCUGGGCUGCCUACUGGAAGACGGUCGCCAGCAAUUACAAUUCGCUCUCAGGAGUGAUGGGUUAUGACCUGAUGAACGAGCCGUGGGUCGGCGACCACAUGGCGGACCCGACCUUGUUAACGCCUGGCGUUGCUGACGGUCGUAACAUGGAGCCUCUGUGGAACAAGGGCAACACUGCCAUCCGCACUGUUGACAACACCACUAUUGUCUUGUUUGAGGGAUCGACUUACGACAUCUUGAGCGGAUUCAACAACGUCCCCGGCGGAGACGGCUCUAAGACCGCGCAAAGCUAUCACUACUACAAACCUCCUCAGCUGUCUAGCAUCGAGACCACGAUUAGUAACCGUAUCAAAGAUGCAAAUCGCCUUCGUACGACCGGCAUGUUGACCGAGUUUCAGUUCUGGGACAACUCGCCUGCCAGUGUCGCCCUGAUCUUGGAGGCUACCCAGCAAGCCGAUCGCUACCUGCAGUCGUGGCAAGGAUGGGCUUACGAGAACUUGUGGGGUAGCACUGAACCUUACCCUGAGUUGGCACGUCUGUACGCUCGCUCUUAUGCUGAGGCGACCGCGGGUACACCCAAGACGCUCUACUUCCAGGAUACAACGGCCAAGUACUGGGUUUCCUGGGUGGCGGAUACGUCCAUCACCGCUCCAGGAUUAAUCCGCAUUGCUCCUCAGAUUUACUACCCUGAUGGCAUUCGCGUCUUCUUUGUCCCUGCUGGCACAGGCGCCUAUACCAUGGAGAACAACAACACCGUUCAGUUGCACUACACAAGCCAGGCUCAGAAUGGUCAGACGAUCCAGGCCAGCGUGCAGCCCUUUUUCCCCACGGAUAUCAUCAAGAAUAGCGCUUCUGGCAAAUGUGUGGACAACAGCGACCUUGCUGUUACUCCCAACAACCCAAUUAUUCUCUGGUCUUGCACUUCGGCUGCGAACCAAGUGUGGAAAUUCAAAAAUGGACAGAUCUCGCUCGCAUUUGAUCCUCAGCACAAGAGCGAUACUUACUGCCUUGACACUGCCCCGGUCAGUGGCCAGACCUAUCAGUCGGCUGUCUUGAAUCCCUGCCAGGCUGGUUCAACAACCCAACAAUGGUCCGUCACUUCGACUGGCAACAUCAAGAACAACGCGACUGGUAAUUGUCUGGAUAUUACUGGGUCGUCCGGCAGCGAUGGCACCAAAUUGAUUGCCUUCCCCUGCGGCAAUGGCGGUACGCAGAAAAACCAGGUCUGGACUCUACCUCGUGGUGCCAACGGUACCUGGUAAAUUGUAGGUUCUACUCUUCCCCCCCCCCCCC